AUUGUUCCCAGCCACGCCAUCGGUUUUGAGAAUAUAGCUUAAGUGAAGAGGGCUGGGUUUUGAAAGCGACACGGGCUCUAAAAAUCUUGGGAAGGGUGCGAAGAAAGCUUUGUGCAACUUUUGGCAGGAAUCAGGAGUAGCAAGACCUCUUUUCAGGGGUUCACUGCUGCUAAGUGGGCGCUGACUGUCCGGGUCGUCCAGCGUGAGGUAGAAUAGACGUCUCUAUGGUCAAGUAAACGUAGAGCGGUGCCUGCCUUCCCCACGUGGUGGAGGUGCGCACGAUCAGUAGCUGCAGCACUAGGAAGAUGGCCGAGCCCGAGCAAAGAAAAAAGAUCCCUUUGGUUCCAGAAAAUCUCCUGAAAAAGAGGAAAGCUUAUCAAGCCCUCAAGGCCACCCAGGCAAAGCAGGCACUUUUGGCAAAGAAGGAGCAAAGAAAAGGAAAAGGGCUCAGGUUUAAGCGACUGGAAUCAUUCCUACAUGAUUCCUGGCGGCAGCAACGUGACAUGGUGCGUCUCAGACGACUAGAAGUGAAACCUCAUGCUCUGGAAAUGCCAGAUAAUCAUUCCUUGGCCUUUGUUGUACGCAUCCAGAGGAUUAAUGGGGUGAGUUCACUGGUGCAGAGGACCAUUGCAAGACUUCGCCUGAAGAAAAUUUUCAGUGGUGUCUUUGUCAAAGUCACCCCUGAAAAGUUGAAAAUGCUGCGUAUAGUGGAACCUUAUGUGACCUGGGGAUUUCCAAAUCUGAAGUCUGUCCGGGAACUGAUCUUGAAACGUGGACAAGCCAAGGUCAAGAAUAAGACCAUCCCUCUAACGGACAACACAGUGAUUGAGGAUCACCUGGGGCGGUUUGGUGUCAUUUGCUUGGAAGACCUCAUUCAUGAAAUUGCCUUCCCGGGGAAGUAUUUCCAGGAGAUCUCAUGUUUCUUGCGCCCAUUCCAACUCUCAGUGGCCCGUCACGCUACCAAGAAUAAAGUGGGCUUUCUCAAGGAGGUGGGCACACCUGGUUAUCGGGGUGAACGCAUCAAUCAACUCAUCCGCCAGCUGAACUAGACCCAGAGUAUCUGAAAGCACAGUGCUUUGGAAACAUGUGUUUUUGUUUUUGGAAUUAUCAAGUAUCUUCAGUGAAGAUUAUUUUCUGCUUUAUCUUCAAGAACUGGAGGGGAAGGAUCAGGGAAAAGAUAGUAGGUUUUUUUCAUGGCAGUCACCUCUCAUCACAGCCCAGUUCCAAGAAAAGUUACAGUGUUUUCCAUGUUGCCUUCGCCUUCUCUGAAAUCAGCACAUACCAUGGAGGAAGGAGUACUGCUUUGUCAUGUCUUCUAUCAUGGGGUUUAAAGUUGGUGAAUAAAUAACCCAAGCAUGUGUACAAGAUUCCCCGAGACUCCUGCAGCAGUGGACCACCCCAGGGGCAUCCUUGAACCUGGGGGUUUCUAGGGUCUUGUUUUCAAAAGACUUGAAAUACAAUUAGGAAAAAGAACGUAGAGCUGACCAGUUAGCUUGGUUGAUUAGAGCGCAGCCUUGUAACACCAAGGUCAAGGGUUCAGUUCCCUAUACUGGUCAGUCACUCACAAAAAAGAUAAAGCACAAAAUCAAGUGCUCAGUUUUCUCUGCUAUGAGUCUGUGUUCCAACUUUUCAGUAAUGGCUUUGAGAGCUCUCAGACUUUGCUGGCUCUAAGUAUAUCUGCUGGCUUUUGUAUCGUAACCUGCAACUGUCCUUUUCUUUCCCUCAGAAUAUGAGAAAGGAAGGACCCUUUUGUCAGGAAAACAUGCAUAUACUCAAUUGUUUGGAAUUUUGAGGCGUUCAUAAACCCUUCUCCUUGGACCUCUGCACCUUACGUGAGGAAGUCCUCUUAUCAGGAUUGGUCAGCCAGAUUCUGAUCUUGCUAGUCUCUGGGUCCGUGUCUUGUGGAAGACCAAAGCUUACUGAGAUAGCUUUUUCCCUUCAAGACAAGUGGAUGCUUUCUAUUAAGAACACAGUGGCAGAUUGUGUUUCCCCUACCUGUCUAUAAGUCUGAGAAAUAACCACCAUUUCCCCCCUGGUUUUGUGAUGGAACUUCCUGAUUUCCCUGAUGUUCAGUCCGCUCCUUAAAAUCCAGAUUCAGCGGGCCGAGCCCGUGGCGCACUUGGGAGAGUGCGACACUGGGAGCGCAGCGACGCUCCCGCCGCGGGUUCGGAUCCUAUAGAGGACUGGCCCGUUCACUCACUGGCUGAGUGCCGGUCACGAAAAGGACAAAAAAAAAAAAAAACAGAUCAGGAA